AAAGACUUUGCAUGGGCUACCAUUCUUCUUGGAAUAACCAUCGGCUUCUUGUCCCUAUUGCUUGUCGUUAGCUAUGUACAACAGAGACUGAAGCACCGGAAGGCAGCUGAGCUCCGACAAAAAUUCUUCGAACAAAAUGGUGGCGGCAUGUUAGUACAGAGACUCUCAGGACCAGGGAUAUCAAAUGCUAAUGUAAAAAUCUUUACUGAAGAAGGCAUGAAGACAUCAACCGAUGGUUAUGACAAGAGCAGAAUCCUGGGCCAGGGAGGACAAGGAACCGUCUACAAAGGGAUAUUACCAGACAACUCCAUAGUCGCAAUAAAGAAAGCUCGGCUUGGAGACAACAGCCAAGUAGAGCAGUUCAUCAACGAAGUGCUAGUUCUUUCACAGAUCAACCAUAGGAACGUGGUCAAGCUCUUGGGCUGCUGUCUAGAGACUGAAGUUCCCUUGCUUGUCUAUGAGUUCAUUAACAGCGGCACUCUUUUCGAUCACUUGCACGGUUCUUUGUUUGGUCCUUCUCUUACAUGGGAACAACGCCUGAGGAUAGCAGUGGAGAUAGCUGGAACCCUUGCUUAUCUUCACUCCUCUGCUUCUAUUCCAAUCAUCCACCGAGACGUCAAGACGGCUAACAUUCUCUUGGAUGAAAACUUAACUGCAAAGGUAGCCGACUUUGGUGCUUCAAGGCUGAUACCGAUGGAUAAAGAGCAGCUCACAACAAUGGUGCAAGGCACUCUAGGCUACUUAGAUCCGGAAUACUACAACACUGGUCUGCUGAACGAAAAGAGUGAUGUUUAUAGCUUUGGUGUAGUUCUCAUGGAACUUCUCUCAAGCCAAAAGGCAUUGUGCUUCGAAAGGCCACUCCAGUCAAAACAUCUGGUGAAUUACAUUUCUUCUGCCAUGAAGGAGAACAGGUUGCACGAGGUUAUUGACGAGAAAUUGAUCAACGAGAAUAACUGGAAGGAGAUAGAGGAAGCUGUCAGAGUUGCUAUGGAGUGCACAAGAGUGACGGGAGAAGAAAGGCCACUGAUGACGGAAGUAGCUGCAAAGCUUGAGGGCUUGAGAGUCACGAAAAGCAAACAUCAGUGGUCAGAUCAGUAUCCUGGGGAGGAGACUGAGAACUUGGUCGGUGUUGGAAUCUUAUCAGCGCAAGGCGAUACAAGUAGCACUGGCUAUGACAGCAUCAAGAAUGUAGCAAGCAUGCACAUGGAAGCUGGUCGCUGAUAUUUAUUAGUCAAUGCACUGUCAAAAUCACGGUUAAGUCUCUUUUUUAUGAAAAAAAUAAUAUCAUUUUUCAUCUCACCUCUUUUGUCCACCUAAACAGUUAAAGAUCAGAGUAUCAAGACAAUGAAGAACAUUUAUGCAUCAGUACCCUGCAAACUACCAA